GACACAACACAUAUCCUUUGUCACAAGUAAGACUAUUUACCCCUCAUCGUAUCUCUUGGGUCUAACAUGUCUGACUUCACAAUGCACUUGCACACUGACCCAGCAUCUGGGGCAAUUGUUACUGAGGCGGCUCACUUAAACAAUCAAGCCCAUAGCCUCUCUCAUCAAGGCAAUUAUACCGGUGCAGAGCAACUCCACCUGAGUGCACUCAAGCUUAAACUCAGUGCAGUUGGUGAGAAUGACUCGACUACUGCCAUCACCCGCAAUGCACUCGGAGAACUAUACCUCAAGAUGGGCAGAAUCGCGGAUGCUGAAGAGCAGCUCAAAAAGGCUCUUUCCGUCCGCAUGAUGAUGGGGCCUGCAUAUGAUGCUGCAGUCACUGUCGAGAAUCUUGGUGGAGUGUACGAAAUAAAGGGCGACCUUGAGGAAGCGAGGAGGGUAAGACUGUCCCACCCUGAAAACAUUAUGGUCUGCGGAAACUAUGACUGUCCCGGUACGACAUUUAAUCAGAGCCGGCUUUUAGCUUGUUCUUCAUGCAAGUCUGCCUUCUAUUGUGGAAGAGCUUGUCAGGCGAAUGACUGGCGCGCUUGCCACAAGCGGUUCUGCAAAAAGCGCACAUAAAUCACGAUCCCUCAUGACUUGAUAGUUUUGCGUCUCCUGACACUCGAGGAGUUCUGGGUCCUCUCAUCCAGUGCUUGCGUUUAUAUGACGUGUUCCCCCACUUUUGUCUCAGUGGCACGCCAGGCAAAGAAGGACAUAGUAUCACAGUAGGGUCAAGCUCAGCCCUCCGCAUGAGCGCCAUAUGUCACCCAUUCUGGUUAAUCAUGUAAUACAAGAAAUCCUGUGUUGUGACUCCCUCAGUGGGCGUGCGAUAUCGAUGCCCAGUCUGACUAUUGUUUGACGUGGCUACACUACUUGUCCGCGCCGGUCAUGAGGCUACUGGUUGAACAACGAGUUGCAUUAUUAGCGCACCAUCACCUUAUCGUCACGCAGUCACAGGAUCUGUUACCGCUCUGACUUUUCUUCGUCACG